AUGUUGAGAAGAAUUAAAGGAGUUAGAUAUUUGUCAUCUAAGUAUUUUCCAAAUGAACCAACUUCACCAGUUGUAAAAACUGCUUCUGUUCCAGGGCCAAAAUCAAAACAAAUUAAUCAAGAAUUAGGUCAAGUUUAUGAUAAUAAAGCUACUUAUUUUGUAACUGAUUAUUUUAAUAGUUAUGGUAACUAUAUUUCUGAUGCUGAUGGUAAUAAAUUAUUAGAUGUGUUUUGUCAAAUUUCAUCAAUUCCAUUAGGUUAUAAUAAUCCAAAAUUAAUUGAAGCUGCUAAAUCAGAUGAAAUGAUUGAUGCAAUUGUUAAUCGUCCUGCAUUAGCUUGUUUCCCAAGUACAAAUUAUGCUCAAAUUUUAAAAGAUGGUUUGUUAGCUGCCGCUCCACCAGGUAUGAAUAAAAUUUGGACUUCAUUAUGUGGAUCUGAUGCAAAUGAAACUGCUUAUAAAGCAGCUUUUAUGUAUCAACAUAGUAAAAUCAGAGGUAAUAAACCUUUUAGUGAAGAAGAAUUAUCAUCAGUUAUGAAUAAUAAAGCACCAGGUGCAUCAGAAAUGACAAUUUUAUCUUUUGAAAAAGGUUUCCAUGGAAGAACUUUUGGUUCUCUUUCAACAACAAGAUCAAAGGCAAUUCAUAAGUUAGAUAUACCAGCUUUUGAUUGGCCAGUUGCACCUUUCCCUAAACUUCAAUAUCCAUUGGAAGAAUUUGAACAAGAAAAUAGACAAGAAGAACAACGUUGUUUAAAUAAAUUGGAAGAAAUUAUUGAAAAUGCUCCAAAACAAAUUGCUGCAUUAAUUGUUGAACCUGUUCAAUCUGAAGGUGGUGAUAAUCAUGCUAGUUCAGAAUUCUUUCAAGGUAUUAGAGAUAUUACUAAGAAACAUAAUGUCUUAUUUAUUGUUGAUGAAGUUCAAACAGGUGUUGGUGCAUCAGGUAAAUUCUGGGCUCAUGAACAUUGGAAUUUAACUUCACCACCAGAUAUGGUUACAUUUUCAAAGAAAUUUCAAGCUGCUGGUUUCUAUUAUUCUAAUCCAGAUUUACAACCAAAAGAUGCUUAUCGUCAAUUUAAUACUUGGUGUGGUGAUCCAAGUAAAGCAAUUCUUGCAAAAGCUAUCUAUCAAGUUAUUAAACAAGAUGGUUUAGUUUCUAAAACAGCUAACGUUGGAGAUUAUUUAUACUCAGGAUUGCAACAACUUGUAAAUAAAUCAGAUAAAUUAAAGAACUUAAGAGGUAAAAACUUUGGUACUUUUAUUGCAUUUGAUUGUGUCAAUGCAGAUGUUAGAAAUAAAUUAUUAGCUGAUUGUAGAUUAAAUGGUUUGAAUGUUGGUGGAUGUGGUGAAUCAGGUGUUAGAUUAAGACCAACAUUAUUAUUUGAGCAAAAACAUGCUGAUUUAUUUUUGAAUAUUUUAGAAAAAGUCCUUUAA